AUGACCAGAUAUGCAGGCAUCGUGUAUCGCUCCCUCGACCAGCGUCUUCUGCAUCUGCCACUUCAAGAGGUCGACGUGAGAGUAUGGAUGGUCGAUGUCUCUGCGAAAGUCAUGGUCCAUCAAAUUUUCGAGAAUGAGUCAGAGAGCCCUACAAGCCGCGCAAAAUACGUGUUCCCUUUUCCCGCAAAUGCUGCAAUUUGUGCCUUUGAGCUCGAACAUGCCGAUGGGCGCGUUAUAACCGGUAUCACAGAAGAGAAGUCAGAAGCCGCAGAAGCUUUUCACGGUGCGAUGGAUGCCGGAAUGUUUGCGGGAUCAACAGAAUUAUUCACACUUUCAGUUGGCUCGAUCCCCGCCCGGCAGAAGAUUACAACAAGAUUGACAUUUGUGAUGAAUCUUUUCGAUGAGGCAAGACAAGAUCAUAUCUGUCUACGGCUUCCAAUGACCAUUGCUAAACGAUAUGGCGAGACUCCGACAGCCUUGCUUAAUGCACCCACAACUAAUGAAAGGACGCGUGUUCAUAUCACUGUGGACGUCCAAACCAGUGAUGUGAUACAGGACAUACGUAGCCCUACUCACCGGAUUUCUACCCCCCUACGAUACAGGAAACACGCAUCAACAAAGUCUGAACGACGGAUGACCGCAAAGUGGUCAUCUACAACAUUCCUAGACCGAGACUUCGUGCUGACGGUACACGCUCAUGGACUUAAUGAGCCUCGGUGUUUCGCCGAAGUCCAUCCCCAACGUGCGGAUACAAUUGCCAUGCAGCUCUCUUUCGUACCGAAGUUCGAGAUGCCCCGCGUUGCACCACAAGAAUACAUAUUCGUUAUCGAUCGCAGUUCGAGCAUGAUCGGAGCCCCGAUGGAAACGACUAAGCGCACGUUGGCAAUGCUGCUCCAUCUCCUACCAGACUCGGAUACGACUUUCAAUAUCUUCAGCGAGGUUGAUGGUAUGUGGGAGACGAGUAUGCCAUUCAAUGACAGGAAUAUGCAGUACGCGGUAAUCAUAUUCUGUCAUCGUCAAAGGCAACUAGACAUUGAGUGGAUUGUGCAGAUCUCGAAUAUACAAGCUAUACAAGCCAACAAUAGCGGAACGAAAUUUGCCCACGUCUUGCAGCUUGCGGUGGCAUCUCGUGAUCACAAUCGCCCGACUACCAUAUUCGUUCUUACUGGCGGUGGCAUACAUCCUGGAUCAUCCACAAACUCCGAUCCAUUCGAGGUUGUCUCAGCGGCUGUCGAUAGCUGCAGGCCAAACGCGCCAUUGAAGCUAUACACCCUCUGGAUCGGUGAACAUGUCGCAUCGGUCGCGUGCGAGCGCCUCGCUCGCUCGAGCGUGGGUGAAUGUUUGCUUGCAGCUGAAGCUGAAGACAUGAUUAGGAAGUGUGCAAGGCUUCUGGCCGCUGGUCGGACGGGCGUAAUCGAGAGUGUCGUGGUUGAUUGGCACGGUUCUGGCAUCCCACCAGCCAUCAACUUCUUACCCUCGAAUUACUGUCACUCGCUUCCACUCAGUCAGGUAGUGCAGCCGGAGCCGCUGUCUCCGAUACAGCAGGUUCCACAUAGGAUCAUGAAGAUAUUCCCCGAGAUGCACUUGAAUGUCUUUGCAAUCACCACCUUUAGGUCGAUCCCUCCUGAAGUCAGGUUGCGUGUCAAGGUCGAGGGUCUGGCUCGGGUCCUCGAGCUCGUGGUACCGGUCAUGGUAGUUAAACAACCGUUCGAGGAUAAAACUCCACUCCUUCAUACUUUGGCUGCACAAGAACUCAUUAAGCACCUGGCAGAGGGUAGAAUACCACUUCCAAGGCCUGUGGCGCCUACCACAAAUGAGGAAGUUCGAAAGAUGGCAAUUGUCCAAUUAGGACUCGAGUACCAGCUUGCGAGCCAGUACACAUCCUUUGUUACCAUAGAGCCCCGGCGUGAGAUGGAGGGGAGCAGGCUACACUGGACGGCGUCAGUAGAAGGCUCUCCGCGGCAGCAUUAUAACGCAUUCCCACCUAGCAUCACGAGAGACGCUCCUGAAGAUUAUGCUUUGGGAAUGGAUGCACCUAUGGUGCAGACAGUUUUGGACAACUUGUCUUGGGUGGUCAACGCAGUGUUCGACUUUUUCACCCCAGAUGCUGCCCCGACAUAUUCGAGACGCCAAAACUUGCUUCCUGGCACAUAUUAUUCCACCGCACAAUCACGUUCGAGCUUGUUGUCCAGUCAGAGCGCACGUCCGUUUCAUCACGAUAACUCGAGCACGGAUACAUUCUCCACGUUGAGUUCACUGGAAGGCUCUUCUACCAACUCUCAAUGGACCCAUUCUCGAUCGUCCAGCCCACUGCGUCAUUCAAUCCAGCGCAUACCAUCGCCAGUCUUCAGUCCAACGCGUAACGCACAUCUGAGGGCACGACUGCCACGACGUGCAGUAGUGUCCGACUCUCACCCACUACCCGUGCCUAAGGAAGUGUAUGCUCUUAUCUUGCUGCAGGGCUACGACGGCUCAUUCACGCCGUCGCCUCCAUUAGAGGCGCUUGUUGGCGUGGAGAUCCUAGAAAUGGCGGCAGAUUUACAGGUCAGUGAGAAUGUAUGGGCGACUGCUGUUGUUGUGGCGUACCUGAAGCACCACCUGGGUGCGCAACCGGAUUUUUUGCAUAUUUUGUUGAGCAAGCCUCUGGAGUACGUCGAGGGAAAGGGAAAGAGAUUGCUGGCCGGUCGAGAGUUUUCAGACUUGGUGGCAAUUGCGGGACGUUCUGUAGGUUAG